UAUAAAUAACGCAGGGUAGUUGCUAUUCAACUUCGGUAGCGGUACCAUCCCUAAAGAGUGCCAGAUCAUGAUUUCGAGUCGGAUAUUGAUUACCGUGCUGAUGGCCUUGCUGCUUCACAGCGACACAAUUAUGUCGUUUGCAGAGCCGACUUAUAAGUUUUUACACGAUUUCAUUCAAUAUAAUGUUGCAGGCAUACCUCUCAUACAUCAAAGCACGGAAUGGGACUUUAACCCAGAGGUGGGCAAGCAAAGAAGGAUCCGAUACGAACAAGAAAACGGACGUUUUGGAGAACAUGCGAUAGCAAAAUUAGGAAUGGGUAUUGGAUACAAAGGUUCAUGGGGAAAAUCAGUGCAGAAUUAAAAGAUUGCAUUAUCGAGCGAACUGUAAUAUUUUUAAUGCUCUUUCCAACUUUUUUUUACGCGAAAUUAAAAUCUCACGAAAUUAAGAUUAAAAUUAAAAUUUCACAAAGUUAAUUUACAAAAAUGUUCUAUCGAUCGAUAUUAAUAAUAUAAUAAUAAUAAUACAAAUGUUUUAGCUGCAUCAUUGUCGAUUACGAUCGAUGAUCGUACACAUAAUCAAACAUAAAGAAUGUAAUUUUUUCCUGUAAAUAUUCAAUUUCAACAGAUGCUUGUUGAAAUUUCAACGGCUGUUUUUGUCAAAUUAUUUGUAUUAUAUAUUUUGUAAUUAAAAUAAAAGUGUGUAUCUUAAUUUGUAUUUCAUUUAUACAUGAUUAUGCGCAAUUAAAAUAAUUAUUAGAAAUACGACAUUUUUUAAAUAUCUCUUCGGUAUUUUCCUAAUAAUUGUAUAUUUUUAGCAUGUCUCACAUUUCUUGCAUUUGCUUUAACAUAUGUAUAAAUUUUUGUCAGAUAAAAAAAAAGUCAAGGAUAUGUGAUCCACGUAGUUGACGUGAAGCAAUCAAUAUGUACAGUACGUACACCGUGUUCAAGAACUUUCACUUUACGCGAUGUCGGAAGAAAGACUAGGAUGGUAGGGGAAUGAAGAAAUUCAGACUGAGUUUCGACGCGUAUCUAAACCGUCAGACAUAGCGUGACCAAUAUUAGCUUGCAAUAUCGAUUUGUUCCUAAGUUUACUCAUUCGAUUAGCAGUUGUUCUUCCAAGAAAACUUGUCUCGCGAUAUUAUUUUUAUAGAUACUAGUGCUACGAUACCAUUUUUAAAGGAAUAUUUCAUCUGAUCCAUUGAAGAUCGUUUACUAUGGCGCAUCGUACAACUAGAUUCCGUUUAUUAACGAUACAACGAUAACUAAUUGUAAUUACUC